AUGAUCCUCCUAGCUGUGCUUUUCCUCUGCUUCUUCUCCUCAUACUCUGCCUCUGUGAAAGGUCACACAACUGGUCUCUCGUUAAACAAUGAGCGGCUAUACAAGCUCACGUACUCCACUGAAGUGUUUCUUGAUGGGGGCAAAGGAAAACUGCAAGACAGCGUGGGCUACCGGAUCUCAUCUGAUGUAGACGUUGUGCUACUGUGGAGGAAUCCUGAUGGUGACGAUGACCAGCUGAUCCAAGUCACGAUAACAGCUGUCAAUGUGGAAAAUGUGAACCAACAGAGAGGAGAGAAGAGCAUCUUCAAAGGCAAAAACACAGCUAAGAUCAUAGGAAAGGACAACCUGGAGGCUCUGCAGAGACCCAUGCUGCUUCAUCUAGUCCGGGGAAAGGUCAAAGAAUUCUACUCAUAUGAAAAUGAACCUGUGGGCAUAGAAAAUCUCAAGAGAGGCUUGGCCAGCUUAUUCCAGAUGCAAUUAAGCUCUGGAACCACCAAUGAGGUGGAUAUCUCUGGGGACUGUAAAGUGACCUACCAGGCUCAGCAAGACAAAGUGGUCAAGAUUAAAGCCCUGGAUACAUGCAAAAUUGAGAGGUCUGGAUUUACAACAGUUAAUCAGGUGCUGGGUGUCAGUUCAAAAGCCACCUCUGUCACCACCUAUAAGAUAGAGGACAGCUUUGUCACGGCUGUCUCUGCAGAAGAGACAAGGGCUUUUUCCUUGAACUUCCUACAGACGAUUGCAGGAAAAAUAGUAUCGAAGCAGAAUUUGGAGCUGAAGACGACUGAAGCAGGUCCGAGGCUGGUCCCUGGGAAGCAAGUUGCAGGUGUAAUUAAAGCUCUUGACUCGAAGUACACAGCCAUUCCCAUAGUGGGGCAGGUCCUCCCGAAGACCUGCAAGGGCUGUCCUUCUCUGGCGGAACACUGGCAGUCUAUCAGAAAACACCUGGAGCCUGACAACUUGUCCAAAGCCGAGGCCGUCAGCAGCUUCCUGGCCUUCAUUCAGCACCUCAGGACGGCAAAGAGAGAAGAGAUCCUGCAGCUUCUGAAGGCAGAGAAGAAGGAAGUGCUGCCUCAGCUGGUGGAUGCUGUCACCUCCGCUCAGACUCCAGACGCCUUGGAAGCCAUCCUGGACUUCCUGGAUUUCAAAAGCGACAGUAGCAUUGUUCUCCAGGAGAGGUUCCUCUAUGCCUGUGGGUUUGCCUCCCACCCCGAUGAAGAACUCCUUCGAGCCCUCCUUAGUAAGUUCAAAGGCUCGUUUGCUAGCAAUGACAUCCGAGAAACAGUUAUGAUCAUCAUCGGAGCUCUUGUCAGGAAGCUGUGCCAGAAUGAAGGCUGCAAGCUCAAAGCAGUGGUGGAAGCUAAGAAGCUAAUCCUGGGAGGACUUGAAAAGCCAGAGAAAAAGGAGGACACCAUGAUGUACCUGUUGGCUCUGAAGAAUGCCUUGCUUCCCGAAGGCAUCCCGCUCCUUUUGAAGUAUGCGGAGGCUGGAGAGGGUCCUGUCAGCCACCUGGCUACCACUGUGCUCCAGAGAUAUGAUGUUUCCUUCAUCACAGACGAGGUGAAGAAGACCUUGAACAGGAUAUACCACCAGAAUCGUAAGGUUCACGAAAAGACCGUGCGCACGGCUGCUGCUGCUGUCAUCUUAAAGAACAACCCAUCCUACAUGGACGUGAAGAACAUUCUGCUGUCUAUUGGGGAACUUCCCAAAGAAAUGAAUAAGUACAUGCUCACCUUUGUGCGAGACAUCCUGAAUUUUGAAAUGCCCUCAAGCAAAAUGAUCCGUCGAGUCCUCAAGGAGAUGGUUGCUCACAAUUAUGACCGUUUCUCCAAGAGUGGGUCCUCCUCCACCUAUACUGGCUACAUAGAACGUGGUCCCCAUGCGGCAUCCACAUACAGUCUUGACAUCCUGUACUCUGGCUCUGGAAUUCUCAGGAGGAGUAAUCUGAACGUCUUCCAGUACAUCGGAAAAGCAGACCUUCACGGCAGUCAGGUGGUCAUUGAAGCACAAGGGCUGGAAAGCUUAAUUGCAGCCACUCCCGAUGAAGGAGAGGAAAACCUUGACUCCUAUGCUGGCAUGUCAGCCAUCCUGUUUGAUGUUCAGCUCAGACCUGUCACUUUUUUCAGUGGAUACAGUGAUUUAAUGUCCAAAAUGCUGUCGGCAUCUGGCGACCCUGUCAGUGUGGUGAAAGGGCUCAUUCUGCUGAUAGAUCAUUCUCAGGAUAUUCAGCUACAGUCUGGACUAAAGGCUAAUAUGGAGAUCCAGGGUGGUCUGGCUAUUGAUAUUUCAGGUUCAAUGGAAUUCAGUCUGUGGUAUCGUGAGUCCAAAACCCGGGUGAAAAAUCGGGUGGCAGUGGUCAUAACCAGCGACGUCACAGUGGACUCUUCUUUUGUGAAAGCUGGCCUGGAGAGCAGGGCAGAGACGGAGGCGGGCCUGGAGUUCAUCUCCACAGUCCAGUUCUCACAGUAUCCGUUCCUGGUCUGCAUGCAGAUGGACAGGGCUGAAGCUCCGUUCAGGAAAUUUGAGACAAAGUACGAAAGGCUGUCCACGGGCAGAGGUUAUGUCUCUCGAAGAAGAAAAGAAAGCCUGGUGGCUGGAUGUGAACUCCCGCUCCAUCAGGAGAACUCCGAGAUGUGCAACGCGGUGUUCCCCCCUCAGCCAGAGAGUGCUAGCUCGGGCGGAUGGUUUUGAAACCCAUGAGUGGUGCUUCCCUUGGAACCAUUUCUUUGUGAGCUGUGUGCUUUGAUGUGCCUAAUCUUCGCUCUCCGAGAGCACAGUGUUUACAUGUGUACCUGUAUUUAAGAUGUUUGUGAAGAGCCACGGAGAACUUCAAUGAAUUAAAUUUCAGCCUAUUCAGGAGAUGCCCCAGUGUCACUCUGAGUCACCAUAUGACACUUGCAACAACAUGCCUAUUUUUUGUUCUUUGCAAAAGUUCUGAGUACAGUGAAUCUAGUUUUGUUUUAAGAAGAAGCUAGUGUCUGUAUAAACAAAGAAAACAAAAACAAAACCCCCAAACCAUAAAGGCUUAGGCAAAUAUGAAUUUGAUUUAACAACUUUCAGCCAGAGUGAACCCUUGACAGAACCUUAAGCUUGCCUUCUAAGAAGCACAUUGCCUAAGCGGGGCAGGAGUGGAGGGACCCCAAGCAAGCCAUUUUUCUCCCUUUUUUCUUUUUCUUCUUCCUCUCUUUUUUUUUUUCUUGGUGUGCUUUUUUCCAAAAGGUUCAGAGAGAGGGUGGAGAUAAGACUUAAAAUUUUUGUUAGUCAAUCUCAAGAAUUAUUAUUUAUGUUUUAUGUUAGUUUUAUAAGCCUAAAAGUGACAGGAUUAAAGCAUACUGUGACAUGUCCCUGCUAGCCCUGCAGUGAGACCACUUGGAAAUCACUCUCCCUAAUUUUGGAAUUAUCAUACAGGAAUAAAAAUAGUUGAGUCUCAGAGCAUCCGUAGUUUUUCUCAGGAUGUGUCUUUUGGAUGCUGUAGCGUGGUACACAGGUCUUUGGAGAACACACCCUGUAGGCCCCACUUUCUACC